AUUAUUAUUAUUAUUAUUAUUAUUAUUAUUAUUAUUAUUAUUAUUGCCGUGCUGAUUUUCCUUCACCAGGAAUGAUUACGAGAAGAUCAUCCACCAGAGGACCAACACGACGGCUUUCGACCUGGUGCCCCAGGAAGGAGGGACCGACGUCACCGUCAGGGUCCUGAAACCCUUGGAAGCGGCCGAGCUCAGCUUGGAGACGGUCUACGAAAAGUUCCACCCGUCCGUCCAGUCGUUCACGGACGUGAUCGGCCACUACAUUAGUGGAGAGCGGCCCAAGGGCAUCCAGGAGACCGAGGAGAUGCUGAAAGUGGGGGCCGCCCUGACCGGCAUCGGGGAGCUGGUCCUCGACAACGCCACCAUCAAACUCCAGCCCCCCAAAGAGGGCAUGCAUUACUACCUCACCAGCCUGGAUUUCGAGGCCUUGGUGCAGAAGCAGGAGUCCAGUGUGCGGCUCUGGCGGGUCCUGACCCUCCUCUUUGGCGUCGCCAGCUGCGCCGUGCUCUUCUUCCUCCUCCACAAGCAGUAUCGCCGGCACCAGGAGAGGCGUCGCUUGCGCCAGAUGCAGGAGGCUCUCGCGGCAGGCGGGGAUGCCGUGAACGCUUGCGUCGUCUGUCUCACCCACACCCGUUCUUGCGUCUUCCUCGAGUGCGGGCAUGUCUGCUCAUGCACCAAGUGCUAUGAGGCCCUUCCGAGACCCCCUCGGUGCCCGAUUUGUAGGCAAGAAGUAACCAGAGUGGUGCCUUUAUAUAACAGCUGAAUGAUGUGGCUUCUCCUUCUCUCUCUCUCUCUCUCUCUCUCUUUCUCUCUGGGGUUGCCUUAGCUAGUCUGUACCCCACGGAUAUUGGCAUAUGCUUGGUUGAAUUUUGCGGCAAUAUUGCACAGUGUGGCAAGGUUGGUGGUAAGGGUGGUGGUGGCUUCCUUUUGCACAUAGAAGCAGAGAGCUGAACCUCAGAGGCUUAAAAGCACAAGCAGAAUUCCCAAUGUUUUUAGGGUUGCUGUGAUUUUUGGAACCGGGCCACUUGCAGUCCCUUUGGGUGUGAUGUCAAAAGGAAAGAUGUUUUCCGAGUGGAGAAUUGCCAUGUACACAACUGCGUGUCUCUGACAAAAUCCCGACGUAUCUUUUCCUGUUCCGGACUAACAGGAUUGUGUUUCUCGACUUUCGAAUAUCGUUGAAAAUGUGUUUUUUUAGAGAAGGACUCAUACAGAGAUGCUUCCGUCUCAUUGCCCAGAAUAAAAGAAGCUUGUCUUGCCUAGGUUUUAA